AUGGCUGGUUUUGGCGAUUAUAGUAGUAAUAAUUAUAAUCGACCGUACGGUUUAGACCCAAAUAGAGAAACAAAUGACCUUUAUGAUACACGUUAUCAGCAAAUAUAUGGCUAUCACACUCCCUUAAAUGAGGAGUACCAAGGGCCUCCUUUAGUUAUGGACGACACGUCUGAAGGAGAGACCAGCACAUAUGUUACAACAGCUAUAAGUGUAGCAAGUUUACUUACUGAAAACUUAUUAAGUCACCCCUUUAUUGUUCUCAGAAGACAAUGUCAAGUUCACAAUUCACUCAGGAACUACCAUGUUGUGCCAUACACUUUGUUACCAGUAGUUGUUCGUUUACAUAGACGACAGGAAUUUACUACUCUGUGGAAAGGAAUUGGUUCUACUUGCAUAGUCAAGGGACUAAAUCUAGCAGUUGAAGAUAUUAUAUCUAAAGGAACAGGCUGGCCCAAAGAAAUUAACAAAUGUAGUUCAGUAUUGCAGUUCCUUCAACAUCUCACACUAAAAUGUGUCAGUUUGGCAAUGAUAACACCUUUCUACUCGGCAAGCUUAGUUGAAACAGUCCAAAGUGACAUAGCAAGUGAUAAACCAGCUAUUUUAGAUGUAUUUCGGGAGGGAUUUAUGCGUAUUUUAGAAUGGGGUACACCUAGUCGAGGCAGGAUGUUGCCAAUAUGGGCAAUUGUCUUGCCCACUGUAGGCUUUGGAAUCGCCAAGUACUUUUCUCAUUUAACCCUCAGAAAUAUUACAUUUAGAAUAUUACGCUUUCAACAGAGACAUAGACAUGAGCUGAGUCCCAAUUAUGAUAUGAAUCAAGCUAAAAAUUCUCCCAACCCAUUGGUAGAGGAUUUAAACCUUAAAGCUAAUAUAUUUUCUUUUAUUACGAUGGAGAUAAUUUUUUACCCUGUGGAAACAAUUAUCCAUAGGCUUCAUAUACAGGGUACCAGAACAAUUAUAGAUAAUUUAGAUACGGGCACUUCAGUUACACCGAUUCUUACAGGAUAUGAAGGUUUUAUGGACUGUUACAAUACAACAAUAGCGAAAGAAGGUAUUGGUGGCUUGUACAAAGGCUUUGGUGCACUUGUAUUACAACUUGCUGCUCAUCUAGCUAUAAUAAAAUUUACCACAUUUGUUGUUUCUGAAAUGUCAAAUCUGUUAAAACCGGCAAACACACCAACUAAUUCAGAUGAAUCUGUUUCUUCCCAACAAAAAUAUUUGUUCAAUUAA